UUUGUCUUUAAUCAUAGUACAGAGUCUUCGUGCACUAGUCAAAGAGACUCCAGCAUUUGGGUUUUAACCUCAAAGAACCAGGAAGGAAGAGAGAUGGCUACGGCGUCUUUAGGCGUUCAAAAGCUACUGCAAGUUGGGACAAAAAUAAUCGCCGUUGGCCGUAACUACGCCGCUCAUGCCAAGGAACUCGGCAACGCCGUUCCUAAGGAGCCAGUGUUGUUUCUCAAACCCACAUCGUCAUACUUGGAGAAUGGAGGCACAAUCGAGAUUCCCCAUCCAUUGGAGUCGCUGGAUCAUGAAGUGGAGCUAGCUGUUGUGAUCGGCCAGAAAGGUCGCGAUGUGCCCCAGACAAUCGCUAUGGAUUAUGUUGGAGGCUAUGCUCUUGGCUUGGAUAUGACUGCAAGAGAAAUCCAAUCUUCUGCUAAGUCUGCAGGGCUUCCAUGGACUGUGGCCAAAGGGCAGGACACGUUCACACCUAUUAGUUCUGUCCUUCCCAAGUCAGCUGUGCCUGAUCCCGAUAACUUGGAACUGUGGUUAAAGGUAGAUGGGGAUGUACGACAGAAGGGUUCCACUAAGGAUAUGAUUUUUAAGAUUCCCUAUCUCAUUAGUCACAUAAGUUCAAUCAUGACACUUUUUGAAGGAGAUGUUAUAUUAACAGGCACUCCACCAGGCGUUGGCCCUGUAAAAAUAGGUCAAAAGAUAACUGCAGGCAUAACAGAUCUUGUCGAUGUUCAGUUUAAUGUUGAAAAACGAAUAAGACCAUGAAGUUAUUGAAGCAAGUCCACAUCCUAUCAUACCAUGAUCAUCACCUAUUGUAAGGGGAAAUUUUCUUUCAGAUUCUGGCUCCGAAUGGUGGCCGAGGCAGAUCCAGUAAAGGACUCACUUUGUCAAAGUUGCUCGACCAGUGAUUUGUAAGCAUCGAAUUUUGUAAUUUGUUGUUGAAUUGGAUCAUGGCAUGAUCAACCUUUCCAUGGAGCUAAUAAUAAAGUUGUGAAUAAAAUUGUGGACUUAACAGAUAGGGAAGUGCUAUUAUGCAUUGUCUUGGGGGGAAAAAAGGCUAUUUAUUUAUUACCAUUCUCUA